GCCCAGGGGGCCUCAACAAUUUGGUGUGAAAAAUAAAUAAAUAUAUGAUUUUUUUUUACAUGAUUUUUUUUCAGACAACCACACACACACACACACACACACACACACACACACACGCAAUCAAUUCCUAAUGUAAUGUAAUGUAAAGAUGUAAGAUGUAAUUAUUAAUUAAAAAAAGUGGGAUAUAUUCAGAGUCUGUAUUUUUAAUGUGUUUUAAAGACAUCUUGCAAAAGGGGGGGCCUUGGUCAAAUGUUAAUGCCAUUUGGGGGGCCUUGCCCUGGAAAAGUUUGGGAACCCCUGGUUUAACCAACAUCACUGUAAGUGCUCAACAGGAAUAUAGCUAGGAAUUCUGGGCCUUCUGAAAGAAUAUCGUUCUGGGCCUUACAUGUUUAUUUAUAAGUUCGUAUUCAUAUGUAUACACAAUUGUCAUCAUUACAUCAUUACAGCCCCCCAAUCAAGAAAAUAAUCUUAUUCAGCUGUAGUAUCCUGCCUAACGCUGCUAGUCUAAUAGCAGAUUUGUGGUCAUGAUUUUCAGAAUUUUGAAAAAAAAAAAAAAUUAUACAGUAUUUUUUCAUUUAAUAAUGGUAAUGAGACUUAAUUGAUCACAUGUACAUAUGCACAGUGCAAUUCUUUUCUUCGCAAACCCUAGCAUGUCAGGAAACUGGGAACGGAGUAAUGAAGUAGAAGCUACUAAAAUACAACUGGACUUAGGUCAUUUUUUUUUUUUUUUUUUUGUAGGAUUAAUAGAUAUAGCUCAGUCCGUUGGCGUGACUUUGCUGCCUCCCAGGAAGAAGAUCACUGUGAUGCUGAUUGGGAACCACUCGGCUGGAAAAAGCUCCUUCAUCAACUGGUAUGUAGAGGAGCACAUCCAAAAGACCGGAGUUGCGAUCGGGACACAGGGCUUCACUUUUGUUACUAGUGGGCGUAAGAGAGCGUCUCUUACGGGCAAUGCAACCUUCCAAAUGUAUCCACACUUUAAGACACUUCAGGAGGUUAAAGGCGUGUCUGAAUAUGUUGGCACCGAGAUCUGCACUUCUCGGCAGAAGCGUUUCAGUUUGGUGACUUUUGUGGACACUCCUGGACUGGUGGACGAGGAUAUGAAGUAUCCCUUUGACGUGGACCAGGCAAUCCUUUGGCUAGGUGAAGUGUGUGACUUGAUCCUGGUCUUCUUCGACCCGAUGGGACAGGCUCUGUGCGAACGCACGCUCAACAUCGUGGAGCAACUCAGCAAACGGCAGGGAGAUCGACUCCACUUUUACCUCAGCAAAGCUGAUGAGGCUGGCGGAGAGUCAGACAGACAGAGAGUGAUGAUGCAGAUUAUGCAAGAGUUGUGUAAACGUCCAGGAUUCAACAAGCGUGACUUUGACAUGCCUAGCAUCUAUAUCCCCAAUCCCAACAAGCCCAGUCGAUGUGUGAAUCAGAUCGAAAAGGUGUGUCACACCAUAGAGAAGACCAUCAAUUACACAGUACAGAACACCCUCAGCAUGAUGGAGAAGGACUGCGAGUUCCUCUUGGAGGCUGUUACUGAUACGUCCAACAACGACCGACAGUCUUACAAGGACAACCAGCGUGCCUGCAGUAGGAGUUAUGUCCUGGCCCUGCUGAGCUUCGGUGUGCUGCUGCUCUUUACCGUGAUGCUGGGUAGCCUCUACAGGGAGGUGCUGGAGCUGGCACUGGGUGUUUAUGGCACUGAGAUACUAUUGCUCUGUCUGGCUCCAGUCAUAAGGGCGCUUGAUUAUCUGCCAGUGCAAAUUCAGCUCAUUAUUUCUGGUUUCUUGAUACAACUCUCGAUAGUUCUGCUCAUCCUGGCUGGCCUCCUUUUUCAGUUAGUAAACCUGUGUUUGUUGGGUGUAUGUGUACACAUCCUUGGAAUUUUCAUGCUUAUCUGCUUCUCUGUUUCUGCAGCUCUAACACGACUCUGUCUGGAAAACAAAAGAUACAGCUGCAGGAAAAACUGGAGUAUGUGCAAGAGGUGGUGAAAACUAAAAAGGUAGUAUGUGUGUGUGUAUGUGUUGUAAUAGGAUAAUACACUGAAUAUGAUGAGUGCUUAAGAGAAUAUAUAUACGUAAUGGCUGAAUGCAUCUGUUUUUGCUUUAAUCAGGGACUGCCUUGAGAGAAAUUAGCUGGUGUAGUGGCACAGUUUCCACCUUAGAGCUCCAAGCUCCUUGCACUUCCGGUGCCGUGUGAGUGGCAGCCGGUUGCAACAGCUUGUGUCUUUUUGUACUUGGUUUUUUGUGUAUUUUUGUGAUUUUGUUUGCUUUGUUUUUACUCCUUGUGCUGUCAUGACACCAAAUUUCCCCUUGGGGAUCAAUAAAGUACUCUUUAUCUCUCUCUUUCUUUCUCUCUCUCUCUCUCUCGCUCUCUCUCUCCUGCAUUCGAACCUGAGCUUGGGUGACACAUGGAGUUAGAUUAUAUUUUCCACAAAUUUCCCCUUCAGGAUCAAUAAAGUACAUCUGUCUAUCCAGCCUCAUGGUUGUCAGUGCUAGACACUUUCCAAAUUAGUAUCUGUCACUUGAAAAGGCGAUUCAGAAAUCUGCAGCUAUACCAUCGAGGACACUACAGUGAUCCUGAAUGAGAGGUCAGCCAGCCAAUUUUAGUGACCACGACGUCUCCAUGGUUACAACGUGAUGUUUGAGAGAUGCCAUCUUCAGUGGUGCUUGAAUGUUUGUGAACCCUUUGGAAUUGUCUAUA